AAAUACCUCUAUCGUGUUAGUGUUUAUUCACAACUCAGAAUUGCAAUCUUUCUUAUUAUUAAUAUUUCCCAUCUCUUUCACUCAUCCAAAGAGACUAUGGCUCGCUCCGUUUGCUUCAUGGCAUUUCUGGUCUUGGCAAUGAUGCUCGUUAUUGCCUAUGAGGUGCAAGCUGGCAACAUUUGCAAAGCAACAAGCCAGACUUUUGAAGGAAUAUGCAUUACCGACAGUUCAUGCAGAAAAGCGUGCAUUAAGGAGAAAUUUACUGAUGGACAUUGUAGCAAAAUCCGAAGAAAGUGCCUAUGCACUAAGCCAUGUGUAUUUGAUGAGAAUAUUUCAAAUGAAGCUGAGUUGACUUUGACUGAGCAAGCAAAAACUUUAACAGAAGCUGUGCUUGAAGAAGAGAUCACGAUGGAGUAAUUAAGAGAGAUUAAGGGUUUAGUGUCACAAAUAAUAAUAAUUUGUUGCCUUUCUUAAAGGGUAGCCUAUAAUGUUGCAUUCUUGGCCUCUAGUAGCCAUUUAGCACACUAAAUAAGUUGUGACACAUCAAUCCUUUUUGGAUCUUGUAUCAAGUUUAUGUAUGUUUUGAUGAAAUCAAGGAGAGUUCUCUCUACAAUAA